AUGACCGUUCACGUACAGCUAACGAAUACGGAAGACUUUGAUGACAUGGAAGAGCAAUAUCAGACAACACGGCAGCAUCAACAGCAGCGGCAGCAACAACAGCAACAACACCAGACACAGCAACAACACCAGACAUGGCAACAACAGCAACAACACCAGACACAGCAACAGCACCAGACACAGCACCAGACCCAACAACAACACCAGUCACUCCAGACCCAGCAACAGCAAGUGCAACCUUUGCAAGAACACCAUCAACAAGAUCGACGGCAAAAACCACAGCAUUCUAACCUUCGACAAGUGCAAAAAAGGAAAGCAGAUUAUCAGUGGGAGUUGCUGGAGUGUGAAAAGGAAAAGCUAUGUGUAAUGAGGCAGAGACUAGAGGUUGAGAGAGAAAAAAGUUCAAGUAUUGAAGCAAAUAUUUUACAAACUUAG